AUGAAAAAAGCUUUAGACCGGGUUUGGUACGACGGACUCAUUCACAAACUCCACACCUUCACUGAUGCCCCACUUCCAGUCAUUAAACUUAUACAGUAUUUCCUCUCGAGCCACUCGUUUCGUAUUAAAAUUAAUGACACCUUUUCAUCUACUCGGUCAAUCAAAGCAGGAGUUCUUCAAAAGUCAUGCGUCUCUUCGCAUCUCUCUAUCUUCUACAUAAAUGAUAUGCCGUCUACUAACAACUUCAAAACGGCGCUCUUCGCUGACGAUACAAUGUUUUAUACCGACCAUAGACACAUAAAAUAUGCAGCUAAAUCUGUACAAAACCAAUUAGACCUGUCUUACGUCUGGCUUUAA